AUGGACUUAAUGAACAUAGUGUUCAAGGAUGUUCUGGAUAAGUUCAUCAUGGUAUUCAUUGACGAUAUUCUUAUAUACUCGAGUUCGGCAGAAGAACAUGAGGAACAUUUAUGGCUAACCCUUCAAUGGUUAAGAGAACACAAGUUAUAUGCCAAAUACAAGAAAUGUGAAUUUUGGCUGCCCCAGGUGACAUUUUUGGGUCAUAUAGUAAGUAAGGAUGGAGUUAUGGUGGACCCAAUCAAGAUAGAAGCAGUAAAGAACUGGCCUAGACCGAAGAACGCGUUUGAAGUGAGAUGCUUUAUGGGGUUGGUUGGUUACUAUCGGCAGUUUGUGGAAGGUUUUUCGAAAAUCGCGAGACCAUUGAUUGAAUUGACAAAGAAGAAUAUGAAGUUCUGCUGGGCAGACAAGUGUGAGACUAGUUUUCAGGAGUUGAAAGAGAAACUUAUCUCAGCACCAGUGUUAAGCUUCUUUCUGAUAAGGAAAGAUUUGUAG